UUCUCCCUCUGGUUUAUAUAUAUCCAUCUACAUUUGCUCUCUCUGGGAAUCUGGAUAUAUAUGCACCCAUGUACAUCCAGACAUAUCGCGAUAUAUGCACGUACGUACGUGAGACACUGCAGAUACAUACAUAUACAUACGAGCCUAUUAGGACAGGAGCAGCAAGUCGAUCGAUCGUACUGCUAGUAGCAGUAGCUAGAGAUAGCAAAGCUUAGCCGUCGUCCGUCGUGACAUACCUGCAGCUACCUAGCUAGUUUUCUUUCUUUAAUUUCUAGCACGUACGCGCGCUAGCUCGCCGCUCAUCGUCGGUGUCGCGCCGCUGAUGAUGGAGCAGCCGACGACGCUGGCUGCCGUGGAGCUCGCCGGCGGCGGCGGCGGCAGCCGUGAAGACGACGACUGGUACGACGACGUGGCCACGACGGCGGCCGGCCGCGGGAGGUCGACAGAGCCACCGCCGCUCACCCACGACGACAACCGCGGCUUCCUCCGGAUGCUGCGCGACAAGAAAGAGAGGCUUGGCGUGGAGGCGCCCAAGGUGGAGGUGCGGUUCGAGAGGCUCACCGUGGAGGCGGACGUCCGCGUCGGCCGCCGCGCCGUCCCGACGCUGCUCAACUGCGCCGUCAACGCCGCCCAGGAAUUAGCAACGUCUGUUCAUAUGUGUGUUACAAGGAAAAGACCUAUCAGAAUCAUAAAUGAAGUAAGCGGGGUCAUUCGACCAUCAAGGAUGACACUCCUUCUAGGAGCACCUGGUUCAGGGAAGACAACUCUCCUAAAAGCGUUGGGAGGAAAAUUGGAUUCUUCUUUGAAGUUCAAAGGAAAAGUCAUGUACAAUGGAGAAGAAAUGAAUUACUCAACACCACAGUACCUGCGUGCUUAUGUUAGCCAGUAUGAUCUUCACCAUGCUGAGAUGACAGUAAGAGAGACGAUCAACUUCUCUUCCAAGAUGCUUGGAACCAAUAAUGAAUUUGAGAUGCUAGGAGAAGCAAUAAGAAGAAAAAAGGGUGUCAUCAAUAAAGUGGACCAAGAUCUUGAUUCAUUCAUUAAGGCCACCACCUUUGGAGAAGGAAGCAACCUCACAACAAACUAUAUUAUCAAGAUACUUGGCCUGUCCGAGUGUGCUGAUACCCUAGUAGGAGACGAGAUGAGAAGAGGAAUAUCUGGAGGACAAAAGAAAAGAGCCACAGUUGGGGAGAUGCUAGUUGGUCUAGCAAGAUGCUUCUUUAUGGAUGAUAUAUCAACAGGUCUAGAUAGCUCCACGACAUUUGAGAUCAUGAAGUUUCUCCAACAGAUGGCCCAUUUGAUGGAUCUCACAAUGGUUAUUUCCUUGCUGCAACCACCUCCCGAGACAUUGGAAUUAUUUGACGACAUUAUACUUUUAUGUGAGGGGCAAAUUGUGUAUCAUGGUCCUCGAGAAAAUGCUACGGACUUCUUUGAAACUAUGGGAUUCAAAUGCCCUGACAGAAAGAAUGUAGCCGAUUUCCUUCAAGAGGUAACCUCUAAGAUGGACCAAAAGCAAUACUGGGCUGGUGAUCAAAAUAAGUAUCAGUACCAUACAAUUGAAAAGUUUGCAGAAUCCUUCCGCACGUCCUAUCUCCCUCUUCUAGUAGAAGACAAACUGUGCAGUUCAAACAAUACAGGAAAGAAUAAGGUGGUAAAAGUGAAUGCGAGUCGCCGAAUAUCAAGAUGGAAUAUUUUUAAAGCAUGCUUUUCAAGGGAAGUACUUCUGCUGAAAAGAAACUCACCGGUCCAUAUAUUCAAGACCAUUCAGAUAACUGUUAUGGCUUUGGUGAUCUCCACACUUUUCCUGAGAACAAAAAUGAGUCACAAUUCUGUACUUGAUGCCAACAAGUACAUGGGAGCACUGUUUAUGGCUGUCGUCAUAGUAAACUUCAAUGGAAUGACUGAAAUUGCAAUGACAAUAAAGCGGCUUCCCACCUUCUACAAGCAAAGAGAGCUACUAGCAUUGCCAGGAUGGUCACUCCUUUGUUCAGUUUACCUUAUUAGCAUUCCCAUAUCACUUGUUGAGACAGGCCUUUGGACAGGCUUAACCUACUAUGUGAUUGGAUAUGCACCUUCCCCUAUCAGGUUCAUCCAGCACUUUCUGGUACUUUUUGCCAUGCAUCAAAUGUCAAUGGGCCUGUAUCGCUUCUUAGCGGCCAUAGGAAGGACACAAGUGAUGGCCAAUAUGCUAGGGACUGCAGCUCUUAUUGCAAUAUACAUCCUUGGAGGAUUCGUCAUAUCAAAAGAUGAUCUCCAACCAUGGUUGCGCUGGGGAUAUUGGACGUCCCCAUUCACCUAUGCACAGAAUGCGAUCGCCCUCAACGAGUUCCAUGACAAAAGAUGGGCUACUGAAUUUUAUUAUAACGAUGCAAACACCGUUGGUGAAGCUAUCCUCAAGAUCAGAGGGCUGCUCACGGAGUGGCACUGGUACUGGAUUUGUGUCACUAUUUUAUUUGGAUACUCGCUGGUCUUCAACAUCUUCAGCAUAUUUGCAUUGGAGUUCAUGAACUCUCCACACAAACAUCAAGUUAACAUCAAGAUCACAAAAGUGAAUUAUGUGUACCAUAGGCAGAUGGCUGAAAAUGGCAAUUCAUCAAAUGAUCAAGUUAUCCUCCCAUUUCGACCCCUCUCCCUGGUCUUUGAUCAUAUCCACUAUUUUGUUGACAUGCCUAAGGAGAUCACAAAAAAUGGAGUAACAGAGAAAAAGCUUCAGCUCCUGCAAGAUGUCAGUGGUGCUUUUAGGCCAGGAGUGCUAACAGCUCUGAUGGGGAUAACUGGCGCUGGCAAGACAACAUUGCUCGAUGUAUUAGCUGGAAGGAAAACUGGGGGAUAUAUCGAAGGGACUAUUAAGAUAGCAGGCUACCCUAAGAAGCAGGAGACAUUCUCAAGGAUCUCAGGUUACUGUGAACAGAGUGACAUUCACUCCCCUAAUCUCACUGUUUAUGAGUCACUAAAAUUUUCCGCAUGGCUUCGUCUGCCUUCAAAUGUUAAACCUCAUCAAAGAGAUAUGUUCAUCGAAGAAGUCAUGAGCCUUGUUGAGCUCAGUGACUUGAAGAAUGCCAUGGUAGGCAUCCCAGGAGCAACUGGCCUGUCAGCCGAGCAGCGGAAAAGACUAACAAUAGCUGUGGAGCUGGUGGCCAGUCCCUCCAUUAUAUUCAUGGAUGAACCAACCACCGGUUUGGAUGCUCGUGCUGCAGCUAUUGUCAUGAGAACAGUACGAAAGACAGUUGACACUGGACGAACUGUUGUCUGCACAAUUCAUCAACCAAGCAUCGAGAUAUUUGAAUCUUUUGAUGAGCUUCUGCUUAUGAAAAGAGGUGGUCAGCUCAUAUACAAUGGUUCGCUAGGUCCACUAUCUAGCAACAUGAUAAAGUAUUUCGAGGCCAUACCAGGUGUUCCUAAAAUAAACAAGGGCCAAAACCCAGCAGCAUGGAUGUUAGACAUCAGUUCACACAUAACAGAAUAUGAAAUCGGAGUGGAUUAUGCAGAAAUUUAUCGCAACUCCUCCCUAUACAGGGAGAACAGGCUUCUAAUUGAUGAAUUGGCGCAACCAGAACCAAACACAGAGGAUCUACAUUUUCCUCGUGGUUACUGGCAAAACUUUACAACACAAUGUGUGGCAUGCUUGUGGAAGCAAAGUUGUGCAUACUGGAAAAACUCAGAGCACAAUGUUGUCCGGUUCAUAAACACUUUUGCUGUUUCAAUCAUGUUUGGAAUUGUAUUCUGGAAAAUUGGCUCAAACAUCAAGGAUGAGCAAGAUGUAUUCAACAUACUUGGAAUCGUAUAUGGAUCGGCACUAUUCCUGGGUUUCAUGAAUUGCAGCAUCCUACAGCCAGUGGUGGCAAUGGAGAGAGUUGUGCUCUACCGUGAAAAGGCAGCAGGCAUGUACUCCACCAUGGCAUACGCUAUCGCUCAGGUAUCGGUGGAACUACCUUACAUGUUGGUGCAGGUGCUGAUCUUCUCAUCGAUCGUGUACCCGAUGAUCGGAUUCCAGCUGACGGCGGGCAAAUUCUUCUGGUUCUUCCUAUACCUGGUGAUGAGCUUCAUGUACUACACUCUGUACGGGAUGAUGACGGUGGCUCUGACCCCCAACAUUGAGAUUGCCAUGGGGCUGUCGUUCCUCAUCUUCAUCUUCUGGAAUGUCUUCUCUGGCUUCAUCAUCGCGAGAGAGAUGAUGCCUGUGUGGUGGCGGUGGGUGUACUGGGCCGACCCGGCGGCAUGGACAGUUUAUGGGCUGAUGUUCUCACAGCUCGCAGACCGGACGGAGAAGAUCCUGGUGCCGGGGCUCGGGGAGCAGACGGUGCGCGACUUCCUAGAGGGGUACCUGGGCCUGCAGGAUCGUUACUUUGAGCUGGUGACCUGCCUCCACCUCGCCAUCAUUGGCCUCUUCGCCUUCCUCUUCUUCCUCGCCAUCAAGCAUCUCAAUUUUCAGCGCAGGUAGGAAGCCUUGUAGCCUUGCACCACCACCGGCCGCCGCUGCCAGCCAAUUUGCUGCGCGAUGCCUGCAAGUAAUACACGGCUAGGGUCAGACAGUAACCACUUCCUAACAAAACUGUAGAAAAGGCUGGGAAGAAAGGGGCGACCUGUCCCGUUGCAAAAGUGUGCAUAGAUUACUAGUACAGAGAAAUGAAUUAGUAGUGAGUAAUUAACUGUGUUUAUCAUGUGAAGGAAUACGAGUAGGUUCAAGGGGAGUGCAAAUAGUGUAAGGAUUAAGAUUCAGAAAAUGAAAAUGUGUUGUUUGUCAUUGUUUUAGUUUUUGAAUCUUGAGAGAUAGAUGGAAUGGAACUGCUGCAAUCGUCAGUUCUGUGUGAUGUUUAUAUGAGCAAGACACACCAUACUGAUGCUCGAUUUCUUCAGAUUU